AUGCGGGGAAGGAGGAGAAAAAGCGAGCAGCCACAAGGGCCAGUAGUCAUAGACGGGAAAACAGUUGAACCAUCACCCACAGCGAAGGUACUGGGCGUGAUUUUCGACCAUGAGCUGCGGUGGAAAGAGCAGGUCCAGCAAGCCAUCAAACGUGCCACGAAGGUGGCCAUCGCUCUGACUGGACUACGACACCUACGACCAGAACAGAUGCGGCAAAUUUACCAAGCGUGCGUCAGACCAGUAGUGGACUAUGCGUCAACAGUCUGGCAUGACCCUCUACGUGAUAAAACUCACCUACGCCACCUCAAUACAGUGCAGAGGGCCCCUCUGAUCCGCAUCUUGUCGGCGUUCAGGACAGUGGCCACUGCCACUCUGGAGGCAGAAGCGCACGUCCUUCCAACACACCUCCGCCUCCGCCGCCGAGCACAAUACAGUACUUGA